AUGAGUGUUAGAUAUGAAGGUACAUCAAAUUUAUCAUCCUCAAGCUCUGAAGAUGAUGAUAUAUUUGAAGCACACAGAAGGCUUAUCACUCAAGCGGUCUAUCGAAACAAUCAGGUCAUUUUGAAACAUCUGAGUGAAGAAAGCAACAAAGGCAAACAUCAAGGAUGUAUUCCUGGUCACAUAGUGAUCAAUCGUAAUAUAGAAGCUGCUGAUCGUAAUCUAUUCAAUGAUUACUUUGCCGAAAAUCCUACAUAUAAUGCUACAAUAUUUCGAAGAAGAUUUCGGAUGGGAAGAAAUUUGUUUAUGUGUAUUUUUAACGAGGUUAGUAAUCAUGAUGAUUAUUUUGUGCAGAAAAGAGACGGAGUAGGAAAACUUGGUUUGUCAGGUUUACAAAAAAUGAGAGCUGCAUUUCGAAUAUUGGCAUAUGGUGUACCGGCAGACGCUACUGAUGAGUACAUCAAAAUAGGAGAAUCAACUGCCAUAGAAAGUGUGAAAAGAUUUUGCCGUGCUAUUGUUGAAGUAUUUGGAGGACAGUACUUGCGAUCACCCAAUGCUAAUGAUGUUGUCAGGCUUCUUCAUAUUGGUGAGCAGCAUGGUUUUCCUGCAUGGGCUGGGCAAUAUUCUGGUCGCAGUGGAAAGCCAACAAUUAUUCUAGAAGUUGUAGCUGAUUAUGAUCCUAGGAUAUGA